CAUAAAAUGUUUUCUUUUUAAAAGUAAAAAAUGGGUUUUGAUUCGAAAUGAAAGGUGCCACGCGUGAGUCACGUAGGGAGCACGUGACACGAACACGAUUUGCAAGCAGAGUCGCUGAGUCCUCGCCUUCGAAAAUCGGCUUGGAUUUGGCGAGGAGUGGAGUGGACCGAUUAAUUUAUCGCCGUGGUUUUCAUUUCCUCGGAUAUCUCCAUCGCCGAUCUCACUUUCUCCGUCCAGAUUUCCAGAUUCCGGCGACUCCGGUCACCGUCAGCUUCCUACAAUCACCGCAUCAAACAAUCUCUCUCUAAUCAGGUUAUGUACAAUGUGGAUGCGAACAAUUUUGUGACAGCCAAACAGGGAAAGGGGCAGGGAAUCUUACAAUAGUCAGUCCAAGAUAAUGGUACGAGGUAGAGAUGCCUGUUGGGAACACUGUGUCCUUGUUGAUGCAACAAGACAGAAGGUUAAGUGUAAUUAUUGUCAACGGGAGUUCAGUGGGGGAGUUUAUAGGAUGAAGUUUCACUUAGCUCAAAUUAGAAACAAAGAUAUAAUUCCUUGUGCUGAAGUACCAGACAACGUGCGGGACCAGAUACAGAUUUUAUUAAGCACCCCCAAGAAACAUAAAACCCCCAAGAAACUAAAGGUGGAUCGGGCAGCCAAUGGUCAGCAAAAUAGUUCCUCUGCUAGUGGCGGUGCUCAUCCCAACCAUGGAUCCAGUGGGCAGCGUGGAAGCACGUGUCCAUCUUUCCCAUGCCCCUCUCCCAGUCCACAGCCAACUGUUGAUGAUGCUCAAAAGCAAAAGCAGGACAAUGCUGAUAAGAAGAUUGCUGUAUUUUUCUUUCACAAUUCUAUUCCUUUUAGUGCAGCUAAGUCCAUGUCUUAUCAGGAAAUGGUGGAUGCUGUGGCAGAGUGUGGGGUGGGCUAUAAACCACCCAGUUACGAAAAUUUUAGGUCCACGCUUUUGCAAAAAGUGAAAGGAGAUAUAAAUGAGUGUUACAAGAAAUUAAGAGAUGAAUGGAAGGAAACAGGUUGCACGGUCUUGUGUGAUUGCUGGUCCGAUGGUAGGACCAAAUCGCUUGUGGUCUUUUCAGCUACAUGCCCUAAAGGUGCAUUAUUUCUAAAGUCCGUUGAUGUGUCUGGCCAUGCAGAUAAUGCGCAUUACUUGUUUGAGCUGCUUGAGUCGGUUGUUUUGGAGGUUGGUAUAGAAAAUGUUGUACAAGUAAUAACAGAUAGUACUCCUAGCUAUGUUUACGCGGGAAGGCUUCUCAUGGCCAAGUACUCUUCAUUGUUCUGGUUUCCGUGUGCUUCGCAUUGUAUUAAUAAGAUGUUGGAAGAUUUCAGCAAACAAGAAUGGGUAAGUACAGUCUUGGAAGAGGCAAAUACCAUCACAAGGUACCUUUACAGUCAUGUGGGGAUUCUAAAUAUGAUGAGAAAGUUCACAGGAGGAAGAGAAUUGAUUAGGGCUAGAAUUACUAGAUUCGUCACUAAUUUCCUCUCCUUGAGGUCCAUUGUGAUUCAGGAGGAUAAUUUGAAACACAUGUUUUCUCACCCAGAGUGGUUGUCAUCGUCGUAUAGUAGACGCCCUGAUGCCCAAGCUAUUAAGUCCUUGUUGUAUUUGGAGAGAUUUUGGAAGUCUGCACAUGAAGCAGUAAGUGUUUCUGAGCCGUUGGUUAAAAUCCUAAGGAUUUUAGAUGGGGAUAUGCCUGCAAUGGGCUAUGUAUUUGAGGGAAUAGAGAGGGCAAAGGUCUCCAUCAAGGCAUUCUAUAAAGGCAUUGAAGAAAAAUAUGUUCCGAUCUGGGAUAUAAUUGAUGGCAGAUGGAAUCUGCAGCUUCACUCGCCAUUACAUGCAGCAGCAGCAUUCUUGAAUCCGUCUAUUUUCUACAGCCUCAACUUUAAAGUUGACUCGAGAAUGAGGAACGGGUUUCAAGAAGCCAUGAUGAAAAUGGCUACAGAGGAGGACAAAAUAGAAAUAACCAAAGAGCAUCCCAUGUACAUAAAUGCUCAAGGUGCUCUUGGCACUGAGUUUGCGAUCAUGGGAAGAACGCUAAAUGCCCCAGGUGAUUGGUGGUCAGCGUAUGGUUAUGAAAUCCCCACACUGCAAAGAGCUGCAAUACGGAUACUGAGCCAACCAUGUAGUUCUCACUGGUGUAGAUGGAACUGGAGCACUUUUGAGAGCAUACACAGCAAGAAAUGCAAUUCUUUAGAGAUGGAUAAAUUUAGUGAUCUGGUUUUUGUACACUGCAAUUUGUGGUUGCAAGCAAUUGUUAGAAGUAGGGAUGGGAAAUGUAAGUCCAUUAUUUAUGAUGAAAUAGAUGUUAGCACUGAGUGGCCCACUGAAUCUGAAUCUUCACCUCCUCUCUUGGAUGAUUCUUGGUUGGAAAAUCUACCCCUCGAUUGCAGAGGUAGCCUUUGAACUUGUAAAUAUGUAUAGAAGAGAGAGAGAGAGAUUCAGCACUUGAUUUUGUAUCAAACUUCACUCAGAGUUACUUAACAAUGACCAUUAUUUUUGUAGUGGUCAUUGUAAAUAGCUGUAAAAUAGUUAAUCAAGCUUGUAUAAUUGAAUUUAUCAACAAGUUUUUUUUUUU